CUCCGUUCCUGUCUGGCGCCUCGGCGCUGGCGACACUUGGGCCGCUCGUGGAGGCAGCUCACUUAUCGUUUGGGCGUUUAGUAGAUAUCCACCAUGGUGCACACCAGGUACAUCGUUUUAGUUGCUGCCGCGGCCAUGGCGCACGCGAAAAUCUCGGCCCAAGUCCACCGUGAACUCCAAGCAGCGGGUACAGCGCAAGAUAUUGUGGUCAAUUUCCGCCGUGUCGACGUCGCGUCGCUCGCUUUCGUUGAAUCCACCGAUGCCGUCCAUGAGCUGGUCAGGAUGCUGCAGGAGCAGUCGGACCAGGCCAAGCGAGUCGUGGACGACGUGCUGGGGCCUCGCGUCGAGUCGAGCUGCGACCAGUUCUUUUACAUUGACAACACGUUCUUUCCGUGCGGAAGCUUGACCGAAGGCGAAGUGCGCAAGCUCGCGGCGCACCCGAACGUCGCAGCAACGCGACCGUGA